AUGGGGAGGGGGGGAAGAAGCGUGAUGGAGGAUUUGUUUCUUCCAAGUCAGAGACUAGUUGGCUUCAGCAGCUUCAACUUUGAUUUACAGGCUGUCAAUAAAGAUGAAAAGAAUCUUGCUUGGAAAAUCACCUUUUUCAUGAGAUAAUGGUGCUUGAAAACAGUGAAGUUCACUUUCCUUGUGGAUGUGAAAGUCAAGAAGAAGAUGUUUGAUUGGAACAAGCAAGCCGAUGGGGCUUCGGCAGCUUCGGCAAAAGGUGCAGAAAGAAAAGUGAAUGAAGGCUCUUUAAAGCAACAGAGCAGCGGCAGCAUACAAGAACCUAAACCGGCCGGGCCUGGACCAUCUGUUAUGCAGAACAGGCAAGGCUACUGCAGCUGUUGCCACGUACACUACAGUAACCUUGAGCAGCAUGUAUACAGUUCCCAGCACAGGCUCUUUGCCACUUACUGUAGGAAUCGCUUGGGUACCGCUAGUUUGAUGGAACGUUUUCUACAAGAUGUGCUGCAGCAUCAUCCCUCAAGAUACCAUGACAACAGACCAACUUACGAUGACAUGCCCCUGCCCAGCUCCUUGCUUGUUCCCAGGGACGAAUCUCUUCUUUCAGUGGAAGCCUUGGAGAAAGAGGGGACAGCAUGCAGGGGGGAGGAACCCAGCACUGACAGCGGAUUCACCGCCGAGUCCGGCUGCCUCAUUUCCCAGCGACUGCAGGAGGAACCGAAAGAGACUUCUAUGCCAGCGGCAUCCGUUCCAAGGAUAGAAAGGGGACAAGAGCACAGUCUGGGAACUUCACAGCACACCACAGGCAUCCCCAGUAGUACCAAAACCCCUCUUCAGGCAGAAGGUGUUCGGACUGAAGGUAGUAGCCAUAAAUCCCCAUGUGCAGCCGUGAACCUCUUGUCCCAUUUGUUUCCCGCCGGCCACUUCCCACCCACUCCUCCUGUAACUGCGAAAAAUAUUCGAUGCUCAGCGAUGCCAGAUUUAGUUUCAAGCAGCACGUAUGAGCAAACCAAGCAGGGCAUUUGCAAUCAGGACGGAUUCCUGCACUCAAACUCCAGUCCCAUUUUGUGGUCUGCCCAGUCGAGAACCGUUUCGCACGAGAGCCCCAUCCACAGCCAAGGCAACUCUUUAAUCUCAGGUCAGCUUCUUUGGAAACAAGACGGCUCCCAACCUCAGGAUGAAACUCGGAUCUCCGACGUCUGUCUCAGGGACACUCGCGACCCUGUGGGUAAAAGCAGCUCUCUCGUUUUCAGAGCUGCCCCUCAGCUAGCAGGGAAAAAAGAACGCAAGGUGAGCCAAAGGGACGAAACUUCGGUCGACGAAAUCAUCGAAGAGGUCAUUUUGAAAUAUUGCUACGAAACUGCCCCCAAAGAGCUGCCUCGCAAAGACGAAGAGAGCAAUUCCUGCAUCAAUAUCCUGUCUCUUCUGGAUCGCAGCAGCCUGCAUGGCUCAGACAUGAGCUUUGAUUGUGAUGCAGCCGUCCAGUCUGGGGCACCCCCACUCAAGUCAGCAGUUAAGAAUCUGGAGCUUCUUAAAGAGGCUCAGGUAAAUCUGCAGGACGAGGGCUACGGCACCCAGCUCAGUAGUGUCCUCCAAAGCAACUCAGUGCAGCAAGCUGUAGAAGCGGACGAGGGCGUGUCCAGCAAAGAGCCGGUUCUUCCAGAUCUCCCCCAUGUGCCUCCUUCCUUUGUAGGAAAGACAUGGUCCCAGAUCAUGCGUGAAGAAGACUUGAAAAUCGAAGCCCUCGUUCGGGAUUUCCGGGAAGGUCGUUUCCGAUGCCACUUUGAUUCUGAGUCCCUGGCUAACUGUGCAAGGAGGGGAGUGAGAAAGAAAAAGCAGAAAGUCGGGAGGAGGAGUGACACCAACACAGCAAACAAAAUAGAAGCCGAAACAGCUCAAGGCCUGCCGGAAUUUAACGGGGUGCUGACUGCCGGCUCCGACUUCAGCAACUCCUUGGUAACUUCAGAAACACGGCCAGUUCCAGAGACGAAGAAGCCUCAGAAAAGAACUUGGCGCCUUGCCUCAAGAUGCCAAGUAGUCAAGGUCAGCCACGGCACCCAGACAAGUUUGGUGCACUAUCCAAUCGUGAAACAGAAAAUCGUUAGGAAGGGGCAGAACCCGCCAGGUCAGAAAGCUGGCCUUGUUUGGUCAGAGAACGACAAGACUCCAAACAUGAAAACGAGGCUGUGCGCGCUCAAGCUUCCCGAGUCGUACACCAAAAUCAUGAGUCCUUUGCAGCCCCAAACUGUGGUUUAUGUACUUUCCUGUCCAGAGAUGAAGCCGUUCAGGAGCAAAGCUGUAGAUGCCCCCCAAAUGAGGAGAAGUCAUCAUUCUACAGAUAGUAAGGAAUCUGUGAGAUACAAGUACAAGCAGUGUUCUAUUAAAUAUUAUGACCCAUUGACUAAUCGAGUCCUAAAAACACCUCCCAAAAACACAGCUGGGGAGAAGGCUAAGAAGCCUCCACAUGUUCGGCAGUUAUUCAGGAGUCUCAGCCUCGAUGCGAACAGGAAGAAACAAGCCGACAUGCAGCAGGGAGGCGUCCCCUCCAAGUUGUUCAAUUCGCUCGACUUCCACAAUUCAUCUGCGUCUUUCGGCUUGGACCCAGUGAAGGAGAAUGACACGCAUUCGGGUCACAGGACAGACAUGUCUUCCGUUUCCACAGAAAAACCGGAGUGUUUGGUCUGCAAUAACUCAGAGAAAUCCUACAAACACUUAGUCCUUUCAUCCCGGCCCCCUCGCCGAUCGCAGUGGGAAGAUGACUUUACGCGAGCUUUGUUGAAUCGAAAGGAAGUCAACCCUCCUCUGAAGUCGCUUGUGGCCGACUGUUUGGAAAAAGGCAACCCAAAGACGGCAUGGCAAAGAAGAAAAGGCAAUAGUAGAGAACCGGGAUUUUCCAAAAAAACGUUAGGACCAGUUUUUGUCAGGCAUAGAAGCAGCAGGAAGCAACCAUCCAGGACUAGCACCCAACAAAGCGAGAGAAGAAAGAUUUCUUCUUCUGCCUUGAAAUCUUCCGCCUUGCCCAUUAACAGACACCAAACAAAGAAAACUACUGUAGGUAAGCACCUUAAGAAAGAAAAACCUGACACGAACAAGCUAAAGGUGGUGAGGAAGCCCAAAAGGACAUUUUUGAACACUACGGCCAUCAUGGGCGUUCCCGAAAAGAGGCGGAGAGCUGCUACAAGGGCAUCUUUGAAAAUUAAAAAAUGGGAGGUGAAUGGAGACACGGGUCUCCACUGCACUGUGAAAUGACUGGAUUCCGUCUCAGUUCUAGUAAUAGACAGCUGGCCAAUUAAAAUGUCGUUCAUCCAGGGAUAGGCUGAAGAAGAAA